AUGUUCGGACUCACCUUCGCAGCCCUCAGCCUUCUAGGCCUGAGCGCCGUCGUCUCAGCCUCACCCACCGACCCACCAGCGACUCCAGAUCCAGUCAUCUGUCCCUUCGACGGCACCGUAGGCCCCAACCUCCUCCUGGCCAACGUAACCCUCCCCGACGGCCACUUCGAAAUCAACGCCUGGAUCUACGGCCUCAACUGGUGCUCCCACGCCAACCUAAUCAGCAAAGCCAACAACGACAUCUGCGACCUGCCCCCGACCGGACAAGGCACGGCCUUCGAAUACCUGCACGCCCCGCUCUUCACGAAAUUCGGCCGACCGGUGCCGGGCUGCUACGCGAACUUCGACGUUUUGUUUGAGAAGUGUAGCAUCACGGAGACGGGGUCGAGGACGGAUUACGGGGGUGUGGUGGCCACGUUCAAGAGUAAGGAUGGGAAGAGUCGGUAUACGUAUCAGUGUGUGCAGGAUAGUGAGUAUCAUGGGUGUGUGUAUGAUGGGCAGGUGAGUCCGGUGAGUGAGGCGAAGUAUGAGGCGUUUUUGACGUGUGGUAUUGCGGCUGAGCCAUGA